GGCUUAUAAUCCUUUAACUACACGCUAUGUCACUUCAGAAAUAGCAUGUUCGUAUGAUGCGGAAAGUUCAAGGCACAUUGGUGUUCAAAAAGCAUUAGAAUCCAGGGCAAUAUUGUCUGUAUGUGGUGAAUUAUACAAAGGAAAUAACAUGGUUCAAAUUUUGACCUCAGAAAUAGAAUGGAACUAUACUUACUCAACAAAUAAAGGCAAUGUGUUCUUGGAAAACACGAGUAAUAGCAAUAAAAAGCGAAAUCAACAUUUGAUGAGCUAUGAAGAUAGGUAUCAAAACAAAAAACCCAAAGUACAGCAAACAAAAGUGAUAGUUAAUGAGAAUAAUGAACAUUCAGAAGAACAAAAUCCUACCAAUGAAAGUGAAAAUAAAACCCCAAAAGAGAAUGAUGAUAAUAUUAAUUCGAAAUCAAAUAUGUUAAAAUCAGCCAUGAAAAAAACUAUGAAAAAAUAA